CUCUGUGAGUCUGGGAUGCUGCUGCAGAGAUGGAGUUGAAUCACAAAAACAACAAAGUGUCGGUCAGAGUUUGAGACAAAGGGAGUGGGGAUAGCGUGAGUUCUCCGACUGAACUGAUCGCUGGAUGGAUUGCUUGUUGAAAAUAAGUUAGGAGGAUAUUUAAAAAUCGGCUUGAAAAUGAAGCUGCUGAAGCCGAGCUGGGUGAGCCACAACGGCAAACCCAUAUUUUCCGUCGACAUCCACCCCGAUGGGACAAAAUUUGCAACCGGUGGGCAAGGAGAGGAUUCUGGCAAGGUGAUGAUCUGGAACAUGGCGCCAGUUCUUAGAGAGGAGGACGAGAAGAACGAGAAUAUUCCCAAAAUGCUUUGCCAGAUGGACAAUCACCUCGCAUGUGUGAACUGUGUGCGCUGGUCGAACAACGGGCUGUACCUGGCAUCAGGAGGAGACGACAAGCUGGUCAUGGUGUGGAAGAGAGCUGCAUUCAUCGGCCCGAGCACAGUGUUCGGGUCAAGCAGUAAACUGGCCAAUGUGGAGCAGUGGCGGUGCGUCACCAUCCUGAGGAACCACACUGGAGAUGUGAUGGAUGUGGCGUGGUCUCCUCAUGACGUGUGGCUGGCCUCCUGCAGCGUGGACAACACCAUCGUCAUCUGGAAUGCUCGCAAAUUUCCAGAGAUGGUGACGUGUCUGCGGGGACACACUGGGUUGGUUAAAGGUCUGACGUGGGAUCCAGUGGGGAAGUACAUUGCCUCCCAGGCCGAUGACCACAGUCUCAAAGUGUGGAGGACAGUGGACUGGCAGAUGGACGCCAACAUCACCAAACCCUUCAGCGAGUGCGGUGGUACGACCCACGUCCUGCGUCUGUCCUGGUCUCCAGACGGUCAGUACCUGGUGUCGGCUCACGCCAUGAACAACUCUGGUCCCACUGCUCAGAUCGUGGAGAGAGACGGCUGGAAGACUAAUAUGGACUUUGUGGGCCACCGUAAAGCAGUCACUGUGGUGAAAUUCAACCCAAAGAUCUUUAAGAAGAAGCAGAAGAACGGCAGCUCUCCAAAACCCAGCUGUCCGUACUGCUGCUGCGCUGUCGGCAGCAAAGACCGAUCGCUCUCCGUCUGGCUGACCUCUCUGAAGCGCCCCCUGGUGGUCAUCCAUGAUCUGUUUGAUAAAUCGAUCAUGGACAUUUCCUGGACUCUGACAGGUCUGGGGAUGUUGGUGUGUUCAAUGGAUGGCACUGUGGCCUAUUUGGACUUCUCAUUGGAUGAACUGGGAGACCCGCUGAGCGAGGAAGAGAAGAACAGCAUCCACCAGAACAUCUACGGUAAGAGUCUGGCCAUAACCAGCACAGAGGCUCAGCUUUCCACCACCAUCAUAGAGAACCCAGAGAUGCUCAAAUACCAGCAAGAGCGACAAAACUCGGCCCAGGCCAACUCAGGACCACGCAGUGCUGGGCCUGAAUCCUCAGCCCCCAAACUCAACAGCAUGAUGAACGGAGAGUCUCUGGAGGACAUCAGGAAGAACCUUCUGAAGAAGCAGGUGGAGACAAGAACCGCAGACGGCAGACGACGAAUCACACCGCUCUGUAUCGCUCAGCUGGACACAGGGGAUUUCUCGCCGGCUCUGUUCAACAGCGCUCCCAUCUUGCCCUCUGGCUCCUCCAUGUCCAACCAGCUCACCUCGCAGCUUAGCUCCGACUCCAGCCCAGGACAGGCCUCUUCUCUGGGGCUGAGGCCCAGCCACGACCCCAUGCUCACCUCGCCUCCACCCAGCAGUGCUGCCAAGGGCCUGGAGGACAACAAGGAUGGGGUGAAGCCAUGUCUGCUGCUCACUUCAGCCUCCAAGAUUGAGCCAAUGAAAGCUUUGGACUCCAGGUUCACAGAAAGGUCAAAGGCCACGCCGGGGGUCACAGCCGUCAUCUCCUCCACCACUGGACUCACACCUCUAGACAGGCAAAAAGAUAACAUCUCCGCCCUGAAAGACAUAAAAUCCAAAGAGGACACCAGCAGCGACAGCGAGGACAAGAUGGCCGCCAUCAACAAAAACCUGACGUUCAGCAAGAGGAAACCCGAGCUGCUGAUGGACGGAGGAGAGGUGGUGGAGAAGAGGAAGAAGGGUCGGCCCAGGAAAGACAAGAUGGCUGCUCCUAUUGCCCAGCCCUUCACUCAGAUAACUCCCCCAGCAGAGAAGGAGCCCAGCAGGGUGGCAGCUCCUCCAGCUGCUGCAGCUGCUCUCAAACUACCAACACCGAGUAUAAAGAAGGCCUUCAGUCUGCAGGUGAGCAUGGAGCCGUCAGUGUUCCUGGAGGUGGAGAACGAGGUAUCGGUGGUCGCAGGUUCGAGGCUCAGCCAGCUGCGAUGCUCCAGAGAUGGACGGGACUGGAACACACUGCUGCCCAGCUCGGUGGUCACUGCAGCGGGGAGCAGUGACGUCCUCGCCGUCGCCUGUCAGGACAGGAUGUUGUCGGUGUUCUCUUCCUGUGGGCGGCGGCUCCUGCCGGCCAUCCAGCUGGCCACCCCUGCGUCAGCUCUGCACUGCUCCGCCCACUUCGUCAUGGUUCUGACCGCUGGAGCGACGCUGUCCGUCUGGGACGUUCAGAAACAGAAGGCUCUAGUGAAGAACGAGUCUCUGCUGACCAUUUUAUCAGGUGCUGACAUCACAGUUUCUCAGUCUCUGCUGACUCAGCAGGGAGUUCCAGUCAUUGGGCUGUCCAACGGGAAGUCUUACUGCUUCAGCUUGUCACUGGAGACAUGGACUCUGAUAGCAGAUAAAGGAGACUCUCUGGUCCAGUGUGCUGACUUUAGGAGCUGCCUGCCUACCCAUGAUGCACCUGUGUCCUCAGGGCCACUGGCUGUCAUGCAGGGACGCAACCUUAAUGCUGGUCGUCUGGCAUCCCGCCUCUCCUCCACCCCUCACCACCUGCAACAGAGCAUGACGCUGGCAUUCCUGGAGAACCAGCUGGCGUCUGCUCUGACUCUGCAGUCAGCGCAGGAGUAUCGCUACUGGCUGCUCAUCUAUGCCCGCUUCCUCGUCAACGAAGGCUCAGAGUAUCGUCUCAGAGAGCUCUGUAAGGAGCUGCUGGGCCCUGUCCACAAAUCAGCAGCUACAGCCUGGGAGCCCACCACUCUGGGUCUGCGUAAGCGGGAGUUGCUGCGGGAGGUUUUACCUGUCAUCGGUGAAAACCUGCGAUUCCAGAGACUGUUCACCGAAUACCAGGACCAGCUGGAGCUGCUGCGCAACAAAUAGCACGCACUGCUACACACACACACAGAUUGACACACACACACACACAAAGACUGACACAAAUACACACUUGAACUCAUCAUGAAACCGAUCUGGUUCGUCCCGGCUCUGCUCAGUUCGGGUAAACUCUGACUGCUUUCCUCCACUUGAGGAGCUUGAAACACUGUUCUGGCUGCAGAGCACAUCCUGAGUGGUUUUUUUGAGGACUUCAAUAACAGCCAGUCCCUUUGGACUUCUCAGUGCUGUCGCUCACUGGGGAAAUGUGGGUGCUUAGUGUUUUUUUUUAUCACAACUUCAGUUUGAACUGUCAUUUUGUCUUUUUUCCUGCUAAAUGUGUUUUCUCUGGCCUAUGCACCUCUCCUGCACUCCUAAUCAUGAACUUCAAAAGACAAACUUAAGAGAGACUGUGAUGGAAAGGUCACAGGUCCGAGUCCUGCCACGUGCAGGAUCAGCAGCUGUGUGUGUCCUGUUGAAGCGCUCUCGAGUCUGUUUCCCUCCUCAGAGAGAAAGCAGAGGUGAGACACUCAUACAAGAAAAAUCUAAAUCAGAAUGGAUGUAAAGGAGCAAUAUGCUUGUACCAAAGUGAUGCCUUUAUGUGUAGAAAUAUCCACACACCUGUAUGUGCAAGGUGAAGGAAACGAAGGACAUCCAGACGAAGGUUCAAUCGGGUUUUUAAAGGUUGAUGAUGAUACAUCUUAACUGAAACCGCCAACGAGUGAAGUGUUGAGAAAACUCGCUGGCUUUAAAUGUGACGAUGCUAAGACCAAAAUGUGAAGCCACAGUGGAAAAAGAUAACAAAAUUUACAUCAGCUCUGGAAAUGUAAUUUCUAUACUGAAAAUACAGGCUGGACCUCUGGGAAAUGGAGUCAGAAGGGAUCUGAGACUUUUUGAAAAAAAGUUAGCCUUUUUGUCACAUUGCAGCUGAUUGUAACCCACAAAAGCAUCCAUAUGAAAGUCAAAGAAUACAUUUAGCAGCUCAGAUGUUAAAAUAACAGGAAGCACAGCAGCCACACUUUGGAUUGUGACUGAAUUUAAAUAAAAAAAAAAGAAAAAGAAAUUGCCAAACAUUCACAUAAUAUCAGACUGAAUAAAAAAAAAACAGAUGUUGCGGCAGUGCAGGAAUCCCUUGUAGUUGCACAGUGACAUGGAUUAGUCACAUCUUGGUCUGCAAUUCUUUUAGACAUCAGUCUAAGCUGUCCAUACUAGACGCCAUUAUUAAACAGCUGUAGUCAAAGUCACAGUCUUCUACGUGAUGAUCCAUGAUCCAUUUUGUCACUCAAACUUCAUCAGCGCCUCUAAAAUCAAGAUAAUCAAAUCUUUUGAAGCUGUUUUGUCAACCAAGAAUCUAUGAGUGUGCUUAAAAAGUUUAUAAUGUGUUGAAUGAAUGAAUUUAGCACCAAACUCAGUUUUCAGGCAGAGCUUAACCUUUAUCAUAACGUCUCAGAUUAUAUUAUGUUCACUGUUAACCUUAUUGUCAUCUCCUCCUGCUCGUCUGCAGGUAUUUAGGAAGAAAACAUGCAGAAAUGCAGGAAAGCAGUUAUUUUCUUCUAAAUACACAAAACCUGAACAAUUAAUCCUAUGGUCUACACGUUUCUCUAAACUUUUUGAACUUCUUUUACUGUAAACUUGUGCCACAGUCCAAACAGAUUGAUUGUAAAUAUCAGCUGCUUGAGGGAAUCAUGCUAAUGUCAGCCUUCCUGAGCGCCAGUGUCUCCCACUUGUCUUUGCAAAUCUGUACGCAGGCCUCUGAGGUAACAAAAUUCUCCAUCAUGUCUAGUUUCACAAACAUUAUCAACUCUGCUCACAACAUCUGGUGCAGCUUUUGUGCUCAUUAAAUCCAACAAAAAUGGUUUCUCAGUUAAACAUGCGAUCGCAGGAUUGUCUUAUUGUUCCUGAGAUGGUUUCAUCAGACCAGGGAAAUAACCAGAUUCUCUUUGCUGUACCCGUCUUUAUGUUUAUCUCUGUUGCCAGGCAAAAACCACUGCUAAGACAUUUGUUUUUUGGGACUGAGUGGGGAAAAGUUUGUCUGACAUCCAUUAACUUGACUUUUUAACAGGUUUCAAAGGUCAUGAAACCCAACAACACCUCCGUGUACUUUAAGAAGAUUCACUUGUGUUUAGGCUUUUUGUCUACAGCAGCAGUGAUGCACUCCUCUGCCAGUUCAUUGUGUGUAUAUAUAAAUGGAGAGUGUGAGCUUAGAAAGCUUGUUCACUGCUGUAACUUACUGCACGGUGUGGAGAGCAGCACUGAGGCAGACACACACACACAAGUCCACAGGGAGGAUUUAUCCUCUUUCUUCCUUCAUUUCUUUUUUCUUCUCUUGUUCAUCUCUUGUUUAUUUUGCUGUUAGUCAUUUUUAAAUGUUUGUACAAGCCAAUUUUUUGUUUCCAUUUUCUAUAAGAAAAAGAAAAAGCUGAAAAUUUGCUUUUGAGGAAAAGAAAGUGAAAAAUAAAUAAGGAACAGA